AUGUAUUUGAGUGGUUCUGAAUUUUAUAACGUGGAUAUUAGCGGAGUGAAUUUAAAUGGAGCUAUAUUGUUUAAUUGUAAAUGGAAACACUUAAGUAUCCAUGAAUUACAUAAAUAAAUUUGGCAUACAAAUUACGUCAAUUCAGUAUGCUUUUCUCCUGAUGGUACUCUAAUAGCGUCAGGUAGUGGAGAUCAGUCUAUAAGAAUAUUUGAAGUGAAGACUGGAUAACAAAAAAUCUAAUUAGAUGGUCAUAGUAGUUGUGUCCAAUCCGUAUCCUUCUCUCCUGAUGGCACGAUUUUAGCAUCUGGUAGUGGAGAUUAAUCUAUAAAAAUAUGGGGGGUUAAGACAGGACAAUAAAAAUAAAAACUAGAUGGUCAUAGUAAUAGAGUCCUUUCAGUAUGUUUUUCUCCUGAUGGCAAUACAUUAGCAUCUGGUAGUGAUGAUAACUCUAUCAUUUUAUGGGAUUUUAUGACAAGAAAAACGCAAGUAAAAUUUUAUGGUCAUGAAGGUGAAAUCUUAUCAGUAUGCUUCUCUCCUGAUGGUACUAUAUUAGCAUCUAGUAGUGGAGAUCAGUCCAUCAGAAUAUGGGAUGUUAAGACAGGACAUUAAAAAGCGAAUUUAAAUGGUCAUACUAGUUAUGUCAAUUAAGUAUGUUUCUCUCAUGAUGGUAAGACACUAGCAUCUGGUAGCAGUGAUAAAUCUAUCAGGUUAUGGGAUGUUAAGACAGGACUAUAAAAAUUAAAAUUAGAUGGACAUAGUGAAUGGGUAUCGUAAGUAUGUGUCUCGCCUGAUGGAGCUACCUUAGCAUCUGGUAGUGCAGAUUAGUCCAUCCGAAUAUGGGAUGUUAAGACAGGAUAAUAAAAGGCAAAGUUGGAUGGUCAUGUUGGUUAUGUCCAAUCAGUAAGUUUCUCUCCUGAUAAUAAUACAUUAGCAUCCGGUAGUUAUGAUAACCCAAUAUGUUUAUGGGAUGUUCAGACAGGAUAAUAAAAAGCAAAAUUAGAUGGCCAUGUUGGUUACGUCUAAUCAAUAAGCCUCUCUCUUGAUGGUUCUACAUUAGCAUCUGGUAGUGCAGAUAAAUCUAUCUGUCUAUGGGAUAUAAAGACUGGAUAAUAAGAAGCAAAAUUUGAUGGUCAUAGUGAUCGUGUUUCAUAAGUUUGUUUCUCUUCUGAUGGUAUUAUAUUAGCAUCUGGUAGUGAAGAUAAGUCUAUUCGUUUAUGGAGUAUUAAAACAUGA